GAAGCCGUACUUCUGCUCUGACUGUAGGAAGAGUUUCUCCCACCUGUGUAACUUUAAAGCACACCAACGUAUACAUGCAGGAGAGAAGCCGUUCUCCUGCUCUGAGUGUGGGAAGAGUUUUCUCUCAACAGAACCAUUUAAAAUCACACCAACGUAUACACACAGGAGAGAAGCCUUACUACUGCUCUGACUGUGGGAAGAGUUUCUCUCGAUUGGAUACUUUAAAAUCACAUGAACGUAUACAUACAGGAAAGAAGCGUUACUACUGCUCCGACUGUAGGAAGAGUUUCUCCCACCAGGGUAGCUUAAAAAAACACCAAUGUAUACACACAGGAGAGAAGCCUUACUCCUGCUGUGACUGUGGAAAAUGCUUCACAACAUCAUUUGAUCUAAAAGUUCAUCUGAGAACACACACUGGAGAAAAGCCUUACAUAUGCUCUGACUGUGGGAAGAGUUUCUCUCAACAGAGCAACUUAAAAACACACGAACGUAUGCAUAAAGGAGAGAAGCCUUACUACUGCUCUGUGUGUGGGAAGAGUUUCUCUCAACAGAGCAACUUAAAAACACAUGAACGUAUGCAUAAAGGAGAGAAGCCUUACUACUGCUCUGUCUGUGGGAAGAGUUUCUCUCAACAGAGCAACUUAAAAACACACCAACGUAUACAUAAAGGAGAGAAGACUCAUCAGUUCUCUCAGACCAGCUAAGAUUAAAAUUAGGUGAUGGAGUGAUUUUAAUUUCAUUGCUUUACUUGGACUGAAAUAGGUGAUUUUAAUCUCAUUGCUUGACUUGGACUGAAAUAGGUGAUUUUAAUCUCAUUGUUUGACUUGGACUGAAAUAGGUGAUUUUAAUCUCAUUGCUUUACUUGGACUGAAA